GGAACUCUGGUGGAACUGCAACCAAAAUUCGGUACAAUAGGACUUAAUAGGGAGUGGGAAGGCUCUCCGUAGACGGGCUCUGGUGGAACGUACUUUUCUAACGGUCGAGAAGUACGUUCAAAUUCAAAUGUAGUACCCAGUACGCAGUAUGCGAUUUCGGACGCACCGACACAUUUUAUGUUGCUUGCGUUGUUUUUUAUUUCUCAAACUGGAGACCACAGGACAAGUCGACUGAACAGAAGGAGGGAAAGCGCGUUAUGGCUCUGGUUUAAAAGCAGCGGCUGGAUUUGAAAAGCUGUUCGUGGAUUUCGCUGUGGAUUUAUUGUGUUAAUAACAUUCCUGUAAAUUACCGUCGAAGACAAGAGGAGGUACAUUUCUGUCCAAUACAAACUGGUUUGAAAUGUGUGCAGCAUGGCGUGUGCACAGCGAUCUGCUAAAGAGUACCUCAGAAACAACAGGAAAGACCUGGUGACUGGCAUGAAAAACCUUCGUCUGAUCAUUGAGAAUCUUUAUCAGGAGAAGGUUUUCAAUGACUAUGAUGUUGAUGCUCUCAAAGACAAGAAGAAAAAGUUUGGCAAAGCCAGAUGUAUAUUGGAUCGGGUCAUUAAACAAGGUGAAAAGGCCAGUUAUGAAUUACUCAAGAUUCUGGAUGUCACUAAGAAGAGGACAUUAGAUCCUGGUUUACACUACUGGAUCAGCUGUUCUCCCUUCAGAGAUGAAGACACAGAGCCCAGCUAUUCAUUUGGUACAAAGCCUUGUAAAAACUACCAGAAACAGCUCAAAGACAAAGCAAAGGAGAAAUGUUUCUUUAAAUAUCUGUUGAAGACACAAGGAAACUUCAGUUUCAUACCUCUUGUUUUAGAGACCGACUCUGAGGUAAAAUCACCUCAAUGCAAAAUAAAUUUGAAAAGUAAAAAAUGCAAAAAGCUUCGGCCCAAGAAGCUGAGAGCUUACAUUCCUAACGAGGGACAAGCGAUAUCACCCGAGGACCUCCUGAGAUGGCAGGACAAGAACAUCCUCAUCAUCGGCAAACCUGGAGUAGGAAAGACUACAGUUGUCCAGGAAAUGCUGCGUCUUUGGGGAGAGAAGGAUGGAAGAGAGAUAGACUACAUGUUUUACUUUGAUCAAAGUGUUUUGGCCCACAGUAGUGUUGCCAGCUUGGAAGCUCUUUUGUUUGAUGUGUAUUCAAAACCAAUGGAAAAAGACAGAAAAGAAGUGUUUCAAGAUAUCGAGGAAAACUCUGAGAAUGUUGUCAUUGUGUUUGAUUGUGUGAUGGGUUUGGAAGAAAAUGUAAUCUUAUGGAAGAUAAUGAAGCACAAGCUCCUACCGGAUGCCAAGGUUGUGAUCACAUGCAGAUCGGAGGAGGAAGAUGAUCCACUUUUCUCUGACUGGCCGACACGGACAGUGUAUGUACAAGGAUUCAGUGAAGAGUCUAUUAAAACUUACUAUCAGGAGAUGUUGGGUAAUAAUCAUGUUCUUCUAGAUGUCAUCUUGAAGAAUCAAGAGCUGUUCAGUCUUAGUCAUGUCCCAUUGUAUGCAUUCAUGAUUGUAGACUUGAUUAAGUUUAAAAAUGACACUGUAUGCAACCAUCCACACACAGUCACUGAAAUGUACAUCCACAUUUUCCGUCUUGCUGUAAAGAAACAUGGGAAUAAACAAAAUAAGCAAAUGGAUAUGUAUCUAAAAGAGAAGAAAGAUCAGAUUGAUCCCUUGAUGGAAAAUGCUUUCAGUGCAACUAAGCAGAAGUGCCUGAACCUUCCACAUAUUAGCAGUGAUGAGACAGACAUUUGUCAUGCUUUUCUGAAAAUGAUCACAACAACAGACUCGCCAACAUCUGCAACAACAUACUGUGCGUUUCUCCACAACACAAUGCAGGAAUUCUUCUCGGCUUUGUGGCUUCUUGGACAUCCAGAUGAAAUUGAGAAAGUCCUACAGCUCUGUCAGACCGAGGAGCAUAAACACAUGAGACAUGUUCUUCCGUUCUUAUGUGGACUUCUGAGUGAACACAACACCAGACUCCUCAAGUGUCUCUUCCCAGAGGAUCAGAUAAAGAAAACAUCUGACUGGUUCAUUGAGAAGCUUUUGGACACGUUUUUUCAAGCUCAGAGUGAGAGUGAAGAGUUUGAUCUUCUCUAUGUGUGUCAGUGCUUGUAUGAGCUCCAGUCUCCUAAAGCCUGUUUAAUUUUCCUGGAGAAGAUGAACCAUCAGCUUGAUCUAGAAGUGGAUCUUGAUCCUCAUCAGUGUUGUGCUCUGUCUUACGUGAUCGGUCAGUCCAGAGAUAAAGAGGUUUAUCUGAAUCUGGACAACUGUACCGUAGCUGAUGUAGGAAUGGACAUGAUGCUUAGCUGCUCACCAAACAUCAGGUUAAAGACUUGUAAAGAACCACUGAAGCAAACCACGUUCUUUGUAGAAUUCUUCCAUAAAUCAUCUCAGUGUGACUGCAAACUUUUUGAGGUGAGAGGACGAUACAAGCCAGAAACAUUCAAUGCUCUGCUGGAUCUGUACUCUCAUGUGAAGAACUAUGAGACUCAAACAGGCAGGAGUUAUCUUCCAGCAUUACAGUCAGUUUUCCAGUCACCUGAUGAAUGGAUCAUAGAUCUCUCAGAGAGAAAGAGCUCGGUCCUCCUGGAAGUGCUGAAGCUCCAGACAGAGAAGAAAACAGUGAAGCUGAGAGGAUGUUCAGAGGAAGAGAGUGAAGUGAUGAGUUUCCUUCAGUGUCUGCCACACAUCUCACAGCUGAGAUUCUCUGAUCAGAGUGAAAGUGAUCUAAGCAGAUUUCUUCUGAGUCUCUUCAUUAAAGCAGCAGAGAUUGAGACACAGACAGGAGAGCAGAUGCUGGAACUGUUAUCAUCUCAUUUUGAAUGGACUGGCAUAUUUUAUGAUUGUGAUUUCCUGCUGGAUCUGUGCUCUCAUGUGAAGAACUAUGAGACUCAAACAGGCAGGAGUUAUCUUCCAGCAUUACAGUCAGUUUUCCAGUCACCUGAUGAAUGGAUCAUAGAUCUCUCAGAGAGAAAGAGCUCGGUCCUCCUGGAAGUGCUGAAGCUCCAGACAGAGAAGAAAACAGUGAAGCUGAGAUGUUCAGAGGAAGAGAGUGAAGUGAUGAGUUUCCUUCAGUGUCUGCCACACAUCUCUCAGCUGAGGUUCUGGGAUAUUUAUAAUAAAGAAAGUAUGUCUGCAGUAAGAUUUCUGCUGAAUCUCUGUGUUGCUGCAGUAGAAGCUGACAGAUAUACAGGAACAAGAUUCUCCACUCUGCUCUCAUCUGUGUGCAGCUACAAAACCUUCCCUUUUGAUGAAGAUGAUGUUCAGAGUGAUUUUCUGCUGGAUCUGUACUCUCAUGUGAAGAACUAUGAGACUCAAACAGGCAGGAGUUAUCUUCCAGCAUUACAGUCAGUUUUCCAGUCACCUGAUGAAUGGAUCAUAGAUCUCUCAGAGAGAAAGAGCUCUGUCCUCCUGGAAGUGCUGAAGCUCCAGACAGAGAAGAAAUCAGUGAAGCUGAGAAGCUGUUCAGAGGAAGAGAGUGAAGUGAUGAGUUUCCUUCAGUGUCUGCAACACAUCUCACAGCUUAGGUUCUGGGAUAUUGAUUAUGAAGAAAGGAUGUCUGCAGUAAGAUUUCUGCUGGAUCUCUGUGUUGCUGCAGUAGAAACUGACAGAUAUACAAGAACAAGAUUCUCCACUCUGCUCUCAUCUGUGUGCAGCUACAAAACCUUCCCUUUUAAUUAUGAUGGUGAUGAUCAGAGUGAUUUUCUGCUGGAUCUGUACUCUCAUGUGAAGAACUAUGAGACUCAAACAGGCAGGAGUUAUCUUCCAGUAUUACAGUCAGUUUUCCAGUUACCUGAUGAAUGGAUCAUAGAUCUCUCAGAGAGAAAGAUCUCCGUCCUCCUGGAAGUGCUGAAGCUCCAGACAGAGAAGAAAACAGUAGAGCUGAGAGGAUGUUCAGAGGAAGAGAGUGAAGUGAUGAGUUUCCUGCAGUGUCUGCCACACAUCUCACAGCUGAGGUUCUGGUUCAUUUAUAAUGAAGAAAGGAUGUCUGCAGUAAGAUUUCUGCUGAAUCUCUGUGUUGCUGCAGUAGAAACUGACAGAUAUACAGGAACAAGAUUCUCCACUCUGCUCUCAUCUGUGUGCAGCUACAAAACCUUCCCUUUUGAUGAAGAGUAUGAACAUUAUGUUGCUAAUGUUCAGAGUGAUUUCCUGCUGGAUCUGUACUCUCAUGUGAAGAACUAUGAGACUCAAACAGGCAGGAGUUAUCUUCCAGCAUUACAGUCAGUUUUCCAGUCACCUGAUGAAUGGAUCAUAGAUCUUUCAGAGAGAAAGAGCUCGGUCCUCCUGGAAGUGCUGAAGCUCCAGACAGAGAAGAAAACAGUGAAGCUGAGAAGAUGUUCAGAGGAAGAGAGUGACGUGAUGAGUUUCCUUCAGUGUCUGCCACACAUCUCUCAGCUGAGGUUCUGGGAUAUUGAUGAUGAAGAAAGGAUGUCUGCAGUAAGAUUUCUGCUGAAUCUCUGUGUUGCUGCAGUAGAAACUGACAGAUAUACAGGAACAAGAUUCUCCACUCUGCUCUCAUCUGUGUGCAGCUACAAAACCUUCCCUUUUAAUAAAGAUGGUGAUGUUCAGAGUGAUUUUCUGCUGGAUCUGUACUCUCAUGUGAAGAACUAUGAGACUCAAACAGGCAGGAGUUAUCUUCCAGUAUUACAGUCAGUUUUCCAGUCACCUGAUGAAUGGAUCAUAGAUCUCUCAAAGAGAAGGAGCUCGGUCCUCCUGGAAGUGCUGAAGCUCCAGACAGAGAAGAAAACAGUAGAGCUGAGAGGAUGUUCAGAGGAAGAGAGUGAAGUGAUGAGUUUCCUUCAGUGUCUGCCACACAUCUCACAGCUUAGGUUCUGGUUCAUUUAUAAAGAAUCAAGGAUGUCUGCAGUAAGAUUUCUGCUGGAUCUCUGUGUUGCUGCAGUAGAAACUGACAGACAUACAGGAACAAGAUUCUCCACUCUGCUCUCAUCUGUGUGCAGCUACAAAACCUUCCCUUUUAAUAAAGAUGGUGAUGUUCAGAUUGAUUUCCUGCUGGACCUGUACUCUCAUGUGAAGAACUAUGAGACUCAAACAGGCAGGAGUUAUCUUCCAGCAUUACAGUCAGUUUUCCAGUCACCUGAUGAAUGGAUCAUAGAUCUCUCAGAGAGAAAGAGCUCUGUCCUCCUGGAAGUGCUGAAGCUCCAGACAGAGAAGAAAACAGUAGAGCUGAGAGGAUGUUCAGAGGAAGAGAGUGAAGUGAUGAGUUUCCUUCAGUGUCUGCCACACAUCUCACAGCUGAGACUGCCCAAAGAGACUGUCCAGAAACUUGCUGAAUGUGUCUGUGAAGCUCAGGAAGAGGAACUGACUCGAUGCUUCCUGCAGAAAGUGAGCGGGGAUCUGACUUCCUGUUCCUUGAGCUGGGAACAGCUUCAUUAUUUCCUGCAGCAAAGAAUUCAACAAAUCACUGUGGACUUCAGAAAGAGCAACAUUCAAUGCCGAAUCAGUGAAAUUCUGCCAUUCCUGAACAGGAUUCAGUUUAAACGGAUGAGCUCUAGUUUCAUGCUGUGUGCAAUCAGAGAGAUCUACGAGUCCGGCUCUGCUGGGUUUGUGUCCGGUCUGUUGAGUUCAGUGGAGAACUACAUUAACCUGCAGAGCAGAGAGCUGGACUCUGUUCACUGUGAAGCCCUGCGCUUCACACUGCAGCACUGCACUGCAGCUUCACUCAACCUGCUCUGGACCUCCAUACCAGAGGAAGAGCUGCAGAGCAUUCUGCCUCUCUUCACGCAUCUCUCCCACCUCAGUGUUGACAGACUGCUGUUGCUGAAGAUGCUUCACUGCUGCAGUGUCUCUGAUGUCCAGCAGGAGGCAGCAUCAGUUCUGCUCUCGAUCCUGCAGCACAAGCUGGACUUCUCCUGCCGGUCUGCUUUGGAUCUGACAACAAACACAGACUCAGAGCCUCUACAUCUGACCGCUGACGACUGCCGUGUGACGUCCAGAUUUAUUCAGAGAGCUCACUCAGACACAAAGACACGGCUGAUUCUGCAGGACUGUGAGAUUCAUACAGCUGGAAUGGAUCAGCUGUUCCCAGUGUUACGUUCUGUUCAGCUCUGUUGUGAUAAACCUCUGCUUCUUCAGUUUCUGGCUCACGUGAGGCCUGAGGAAGCCCAGUCUCUCUCUGGAGCUCUGGGUGAAGAGCUGGAUCUCAGUCAGACUCAGCUGGAUCCGCAGGUCUGGAGAGGUCUGGAGCUGAUUCUGGAAUAUUCUGAAGGACUGACAGAACUGGAUCUGAGUCAGUGCGGUCUCACCGAUCACAGCCUGGAUCUGCUGCUCCCAAACCUCCACAAAGCUCAAAUCAUUGAUUUCAGUGGCAAUAGCAUCACUGACGCUGGGGCUCAGAAUCUCCACAUGAUCGUCAAUCACAACAGGAACAUAAAGACAGUAAGGUGUGUGUCUGAGUGUCACAGUGAUGCCCAAAGUUAUUUAAACUGUUAUUGAAAUGUUAAAAUGAUU